CAGGGCCAGCGUUCUACGGCGUAAACAUAGUACUGAUGCUUGCCCCAGGCGUUCCACUUCAAGCAGAACGUUACACGUCAUGCGAAAAUAUUUAAUUUUUCGGUCUUGCUGACGUUCUAUUUGCUCUAGACACACUAAUCCUUAUGCUCGACUUGAAUGUUGAAUUUAUUGGACGAAGAUUUUAAUUUCUUCACCGAAUAUUAGUCUGUUGUCGCACUUUUUUCCACGAUGGCUAGCCCUAGAACCCGACGUGUUCUUCAGGGACUCAAAACUGGUGAUGAAAACAACAAAUGCUUUGAGUGUGGUGCUUUCAAUCCUCAAUGGGUAUCCGUUACGUAUGGAAUAUGGAUCUGCUUGGAAUGUUCAGGCAAACAUCGAAGUCUUGGAGUUCAUCUCUCUUUUGUUCGUUCCAUCAGUAUGGACAAGUGGAAAGAUAUCGAGUUAGAAAAGAUGAAAGCUGGUGGUAACAGAAAUGCGAGGGAGUUUUUGGAGGCACAAGAUGACUGGGAUGACUCCAUGCCAAUUCAACGACGCUACAACUCAAAAGCUGCAGCUCUAUACAGAGACAAGAUUAGUGCAGUAGCCCAAGGAAAGGACUGGAGCCCAACAAAGUCACCAGCACAGAACUAUACUAGUCCAUCCAUGAGUAGGAGCUCAAGUAGUCUGACUGACAAUGGAAGCUAUCAUUCCAGCAGUAACUAUAGUGGUUCUUCUAGUUCUUAUCAAUCCAGUGGGUAUCAAUCAGGUGGUGGUGGCAGUGAAGGCUACCAUAGUGCUGAUCAAUUUAAAAAUGACAAAGAAGCAUUCUUUGUCCGUAGGCAGAUGGAAAAUGCUGGAAGACCUGACCAUAUACCUCCUAAUCAAGGUGGGAAGUAUUCUGGAUUUGGUUACACAAUGGAUGCACCACCGCGCAGCACAUCUCAGGAAUUCUUUGAUACAGCUGUAUCUUCACUCUCUAGUGGUUGGUCUCUCUUUUCUUCUAAUGCAUCCAAGAUAGCAAGCAAAGCUACAGAAAAUGCUUUUAAAAUUGGAAGUAUUGCCUCCCAGAAGGUUACUGAAAUUGGUUCAUCUGUUGGAGAGAAAGUGAAAGAUGGAAACGUCAUCGACAGCAUGUCUUCUCAGGUUUUAAAUUUGGCUUCAAAGAUGGGAGACUUAGGAAGAAAGGGAUGGCAAGAUAUAGCAGGAACCAACUCUGAAUUGCCUCCACCAGGCCAAACUCCAGAUGGAACAGAGAAGUCCUCUUUACUUAUUGAUGGAACACACAGACCUCUAGGCCAGAGAGACAGCAGUGCUCCACUUCUAAAUGAAGGUGGUAGUUCUCGACGCAAAUCCGCUGGAGGUUCUCGGGACAAAAGAGACCAAGUAGAUGAUGAGUGGGGUUGGGGUGAAAAUACGAGCAAGAGUUCUGUUUCUCCUUCAUCUCCAGUUUCUGAGUGGGACAAUUGGGGGUCUGGCAACAACGAAACAGUGAAGGAGCGUGAAAGUAGUGGCCGUCAUCAUAAAAGAAGUAGUAAGAAAAAGUCAUCAUCUUCAUCAGGAGCAUCAUCAUCUAAAGGCGCUAAACAGAGUUUACUAAUUGAUUUUGCAGAAGAGAAGAACAGCGCCAGUGGUGACUGGGGUAAAGAAGGCACUGAAGAGGACCCUUGGGAUAUUCUCAAUAAGUAAAAUGGCUAAAUUGGGUCUAUGCUUUUGGGUUGCUUCCAAAUACCUCAAAUGCCUGUGUAUCAUGUGUGUUGUCAUUCCUUUAUGUGCUUUCCAGAAACCUACCCUUUGCGUGUUUUAUCAAGCUCUCUAAAAAUUGAAAGCUUAGCUCUAUUGACUGUUCACUGUUUGCUUUUUUCUAUUUCUUCAUUUCUAUGACAGCUUUCUUUUGUUUUAGAAGUUUACUAAUUUGACUUUUUGAAAUAUUUCACAGAUAAGCACAGUAAUACUGUUGCAUCAACCAUGUCUCCUAUAUCCAUGCCAAUGUUUUAAAGCAAUUAUCUUUUAGUAGCUGUGCUACUUUACAGUUAGAUCUCAAGAUAUUAAAUUCCUAAUCAUAUCUGAAAAUGUGUGUAGUGAUGUAAGUAAAGAACUGCAUUUCUGUCUCA